UCAAGGGCGAACAGCAAAAUGGCAGCCAAUUUUGCAUUUUGCAGCCCAGUGAGAAGUUAUAAAUUAUCUAGAGGAUUUGGAGGCAGGUUAUUGUCAAUUCAAACAUUAUGGACGAGAAGCCUUUAUACGACAGGUUCACUGACAAGCAAAGAUUUGUACUGGAAUGAUCGUUACAAUGAAAACGAAAAACAGUUCGAUAAAAUUCUAAUCGCUAAUCGUGGAGAAAUCGCCUGUCGUGUCAUGAAAACAUGUCAACGAUUGGGAAUAAAGACGGUAGCAGUUCAUAGCGAUGUCGAUUCCUUGUCAGUGCACACACGUAUGGCUGAUGAGAGAAUUUGCAUUGGUCCAGCACCUACAAGUCAGAGCUAUUUGCAAAUGGAAAAGAUUCUUGAUGCAGUGAAAUUAACGGGAGCACAGGCGGUCCACCCUGGAUACGGUUUCUUGUCGGAGAACACUAAGUUUGCUGCAGAAUUAGCAAAUAUUGGAGUACAAUUCAUUGGACCAAAUAGUAAAAGUAUAUUUGACAUGGGUGAUAAAAUUGAAAGUAAACGUAUUGCAACUAAAGCUGGGGUUAAUAUGAUACCAGGUCAUGAUGGAGUUGUAGAAAAUGCUGAUCACUGUGUUCAACUUGCUAAUGAGAUAGGUUAUCCUGUCAUGAUAAAAGCUUCAGCUGGUGGAGGAGGUAAAGGAAUGAGGAUAGCAUGGAGUGAUGAAGAAACUCGUCAAGCUUUCCGACUGUCUUCUCAGGAAGCCAAGUCUAGUUUCGGCGAUGAUCGAAUGUUGAUUGAGAAGUUUAUUGAUAACCCUCGUCAUAUUGAAAUCCAAGUUUUGUGUGACCAACAUGGUAACGCUUUGUGGUUGAAUGAACGUGAAUGCUCCAUACAAAGGAGAAACCAAAAAGUUAUAGAAGAGGCACCAAGCACAUUUGUAGAUCCAGCUAUGAGAAAAGCUAUGGGUGAUCAGGCGGUUCAAAUGGCCAAAGCUGUUGGUUAUGAUUCUGCAGGAACUGUAGAAUUUCUGGUAAAUUCUAAGAAGGAAUUCUUCUUUUUAGAAAUGAAUACCAGAUUACAAGUUGAGCAUCCUAUAUCUGAGUGCAUCACUGGCAUUGAUAUUGUCCACCAAAUGAUAAGGUCAGCAAAAGGUCAUAAAUUAUUGCAUAAACAAGAAGAUAUUCCUGUUGAUGGUUGGGCUUUUGAAUGCAGAGUGUAUGCUGAAGAUCCUUACAAGAGCUUUGGAAUGCCUUCUAUAGGACGCCUUUCUCGUUACCAGGAACCAUUACACAUUCCAAAUGUCCGAUGUGACAGUGGCAUCCAAGAAGGAAGCGAAAUCAGUAUUUAUUAUGAUCCAAUGAUCUGUAAGCUCGUUACAUAUGGUACUAAUCGAAUAGAGGCUCUAGAUACCAUGAAGAAAGCAUUAGAUUCUUAUGUGAUAAGAGGUGUAACACAUAAUAUACCUUUAUUAAGAGACAUAAUUACUGAGCCAAAAUUUGUUGCUGGUGAUAUCACCACUAAAUAUCUACAACAAGUGUAUCCAGAUGGAUUCCAAGGAAAGAAACUCUCAGACCAAGAAACAACUGAGUUAGUAGCCCUCUCAAGUGCUCUUUACAUCUCGGAUGAAAUAAGAUCCAGACAGUUUACCAAUGGAAGCAAAUUACAGGCCUCAACCGAUAUUGAAUCAAAAUGGGAUCUGUCAGUCAAUCUUGUUAAUGAAAUAUAUAAAACAACGGUGGAGAAAAUUACAAAUGGAUUUCAAGUUCAUGUUGGAAACAGCACCGUGAAUAUUGAUGGGCAGAUGAUGUUUCACUCUCCACUGAUUGAAACCACAGUAGAUGGCAAACCCAGUCAGCUUCAAAUUAGUAAACGGGCUCGUGGUGGACACUACAAUUUACGUUUUCUAGGAACUGUUUUCCCUAUAACAGUACUCAAUAACUUUGCUUCUGAAAUGAUGAAAUUGAUGCCAAAGAAGAAAGAAAUUGAUAUAAGUACUGUCGUGUUAGCUCCCAUGCCAGGAAUGUUAAAAUCAGUCUCUGUAGAAGCUGGACAAAAGGUAGGAGAGGGCCAAGAGGUUUGUGUUCUAGAAGCAAUGAAAAUGCAAAAUAGCUUAACCGCAGCUAAAAGUGGGGUUAUUAAAAAAGUGAACUAUAAAACUGGAGAAACUGUUAGUGAAAAUGAUGUUAUUAUUGAACUUGAAUAAAAAUAGAAAGAUGUAGACAAAAGAUUACAUAUUGUAUGCGAGAUAAGCUGAUGAUGUAAAUAAUUUACAUAUUAUCAAGCCUGGAAAUAAGACACCUGUCACAGACAAUGUCAGGCACAAAUUCUGGCUUUGUUGGAGAUAUUCCCUCUGGUGCCUGUCACUGAUUUUUUCAGUGCUUUUAUUGAUAACCAUAGGUCUUAAUACAUGCCCUGAGCAGUUAGUGCCACCUGACAUUUUGAAACAUGUCAAUAAAACACUGAACAAAACAAAAGACAAAAUUUAUAUGGUUAUUUCCAGGCCUGUAUAAUUAUGAUGAAUUACCUGGUAGACAUGUACAGUAUUCAUAUACACAAUUUCAAAUUUAAAGUGCUUUUGGAAAAGAACACUAGUUUUAUGUACAUAUGUAAUUAUCUUGCUAUUACAAUAUUUACAUGUGAAUUUAAAAAACUUUUUGUAUAAUUUGUAUUUAUUCUUUGUAAUUAAUAAAAACAAGCAUAGAGGGAAAUUGGGUUUAACAUCCACUAAACACAAAAUGUAGGUUAUAUUAGGACUAACAUAAUGAUAUAUCUUUAUUUCAAUAAUUCAUUGCUCAGCAGUGUGGGAAAACCUGAGGACCCAAAGGAAACCUUUGUGUACAUGUAUGAGGGGUGAUGGAUGCCUCAACUCUUUGUCUCGUACAUGUCUGGGGUGGACUCCACCAUAGACCUUAUGAUUUAAACGCAAACCAGUGCAUGUAUUUAGUCCACUCAGAAAAUUAAUGAUUGAUUUUGUGGUUAAUCAUUUAAACACAGAAUCUUCUAAUUUAUCAAAAGGACUUAAUUAAUUUGAGAAAAGGAUCAUUCGAACAUCUUUAUUUAUGCACAUUCCCGGUAAAUAUGACAAAACUGAUUCUUGAGAUUAAGAGAUAUAAUUCUAUGGAUCAAUGUCUCACAAUUAUUGUUGGUUAACAGUAGUAUGUAUAAUGGUGUGUAAUAAAUAUCUACAAUGUUGUGGUGCAGCUACAUUUGAUAAGUUUAUUUUCUUUAGUAUACAAUAUCAACAUGUAGCUAAGUGUGUGCAUUGAAGUUUCUAUUGUUAAUAUGUCAGAGAUUAUAUAUGUUAUUUGGAUUCAUUGUAACAUGAAUUUAAGGAAAAAUAAUUACGGGUAGUACCUAUAUACUACAUGUAUAUAAAAACAUAUAGUAAAUAAAUAAUAGACUUUGACUAGAUUUUUUUUAAAACUUGCAUUGCAAAAGAUACAAUUGUGUUCCUAAUAAUGUUGAAACACAGAUACGGUUUUUAAUCUUUGCCCUGUGAAACGACAUGUAUGACCUACUCUCUUUUCCAUUUUCAAUACUUUAACAUGCUUCCAUUCAAAUAGUUUAAAAGAGACGUCAUUUUUCCCAUUCAGCAUCACUGACAAGGGGAAACCAUGUCUUAGAAAACUUUCUCGGCAAACACCGGCAUUGAAACCCAGGACCUCUAGCUUAGUGAGCUAGUGCCUUACUAACUGCACCACAGUGGAUUCCGUGAUGAAAUAUAUACAAAUUAUUGUAAACUGAAGCUGCUUAUUACUUAGUAUUGGUUGAUUUGAAUAGUGUUUGGUCAACUAUGUUUUUUAGUAAGAUAAUUCUUGAUUAUGUCUAUAUUUGUCAUUUAUUCCAAAUGCCCUCACACAAGAAAAUGAAAUGGAGUUUAAUAUCCUUCUGUCCAGCUCCAGCACCAUCCAGGCUAAUGAAGAUGGUGUGCAGUGAGUUAAAUUUUGUCCUGACAGAUGCACUUCAACCUACUAGAGUUCAGUCAGAUUAAAAAGAGGUCCAUGAAAAGAUUUUAGAGAUUAUAGUAGCAUUAGCUCGUUCAUAUCGUCUCCAGACGAUCCUGGAUGUUGACCAAUUUUCAAUUAGUAAACACUGAACAGAU